AUGACAACACAGUCCAUCAAUGGCAACGGAGACAACAACUCUACACCUCUCUCCGCUCGUGGUUCAACCAAACGUAACGCCAUCUCCAUCGAGGAUUACGACCGUGAGCGCCACCUUUAUCACCGGCUUCACUCUUCUUCUCAACAAACCCCAACCGAAUCAGAGUUCUCAAACUACAUAGAUCUUGAUCAAUACAACGACGAAGAUGAAGAUCUCAAGAUCCUCUGUUUCACACCAUCCUCUUUAGAAAAGGGACAGUCUUCGUCUUCCUCGUCCACUCGACGCACCUUCGACUGCGAGAUAUGUGUUGAACGCAAACCAAAGAUUGAGUCAUUUCGAAUCAAUGGAUGUUCUCACUCUUACUGUAACGACUGUGUCUCGAAAUAUAUAGCUGCUAAGUUACAAGACAACAUCCUCUCAAUCAAAUGCCCUGUUUCUGGUUGCUCCGGACAGCUCGAGCCCGAACAAUGCUGUCAUAUCCUACCAAGAGAUGUCUUUGAUCGGUGGGGCGACGCUCUCUGCGAAGCGGUGAUAAUGCCUUCCAAGAGAUUCUACUGUCCCUAUAAAGAUUGUUCUGCUUUGGUCUUCUUAGAUGAGAGUGGAGAGAAGAUAAAUGAAUCGGAGUGCCCUCACUGCCAUAGAAUGGUGUGUGUUGAGUGUGGGACUAAGUGGCAUCCGGAGAUAACAUGUGAGGAGUUUCAGAAGUUAGUCGAGAACGAAAGAGAUAGAGAUGAUAUAUUGUUGAAGAAGAUGGCUGAGGAUCAGAAUUGGAGAAGAUGUCCUUCUUGCAAAUUCUACAUUGAGUUGACUGAAGGUUGCUCAUCCAUGCUGUGCAGAUGUGGGUUGGAUUUUUGCUACGACUGUGGAACUCCAGCCGAUGACCACCCUCAUUAUUGUGAAAAUUUCCAUUGA